CGGGGACAAGAUGGAUGCCCAGUCAUCACCUUUCCAGACUACCCGGCUUUCAGCGACAUCCCAGACACGGAGUUCCAGAAUGUCAUGACCUAUCUCACGAGCAUCCCCAGUUUGCAAGAUGCUGGAAUUGGAUUUAUCCUCGUCAUAGACCGAAGGCAAGACAAAUGGACCUCGGUGAAAGCGUCCGUCCUGCGCAUAGCAGCAUCAUUCCCAGCAAACCUGCAGCUCGUGCUUGUUCUGCGCCCCACUGGAUUUUUCCAACGGACUCUCUCCGACAUCGCCUUCAAAUUCAAUAGAGAUGACUUUAAAAUGAAGGUACCAAUCAUAAUGCUGAGCUCAGUACCAGAAUUACAUGGCUACAUUGACAAAUCACAGCUGACCGAGGACCUCGGCGGAACCCUGGAUUACUGCCACACCAGGUGGCUGUGUCACCGCACCGCUAUCGAAAGUUUCGCUCUCAUGGUUAAGCAGACAGCUCAGAUGCUUCAGUCCUUUGGGACCGAACUUGCUGAAACAGAAUUACCCAAUGACGUCCAAUCCACAAGCUCGGUCCUGUCCACACACACAGAGAAGAAGGACAAGAUGAAGGAAGAUUUGAAGUUAGCGCUGCAGGAGGGCCACUCCAUCCUGGAGAGCAUCAGGGAGCCUCUGGCCAAGAACCCCGAGUACAGCCUAAAUCAGGACCAGCUUGACAACCAAACGACUGUGCAGAGGCUCCUGGCCCAGCUGAAUGAAACCGAGUCUGCCUUUGAUGAGUUCUGGGCAAAGCAUCAGCAGAAACUUGAACAGUGUCUGCAGCUCCGGCACUUUGAGCAGAAUUUCCGAGAGGUCAAAGCUGCCUUGGACGUUGUGUCCCAGAAGAUCCUGACCUUCACGGACGUGGGCAACAGUCUGGCCCACGUGGAGCACCUCUUGAAGGACCUUGCGAACUUUGAAGAGAAAGCCGGUGUGUCUGUAGAAAAGGCCCGAGGCCUGUCCCUGGAGGGCAGCCAGCUCAUCGAGAACAAGCACUACGCUGUGGACUCCAUCCACCCCAAGUGCAGCGAGCUCCAGCACCUCUGCGACCAGUUGGCUGCCGAGGUUGGGAAGAGGAGAAGCCUGCUCAGCAAGGCCCUGGAGCUGCACGGCCUCCUGGAAACGUCCAUGCGGUGGUGUGACGAGGGGAUAUACCUGCUGGCUUCACAGCCUGUGGACAAAUGCCAGUCCCAGGAUGGCGCGGAGGCAGCCCUUCAGGAGAUUGAGAAGUUUUUGGAGACUGGAACAGAAAACAAAAUCCAGGAACUAAAUAAAAUUUAUAAGGACUAUGAAUCCAUCCUCAACCAAGACCUCAUGGAACACGUGCAGAAGGUCUUCCAGAAACAAGAGAGCAUGGAAGAGAUGUUUCACCGGAGGCAAGUGAGCCUGAAGAAGCUGGCGGCCAAGCAGACCCGGCCGGUGCAGCCCGUGGCUCCAAGACCAGAGGCAUUCACUAAGUCGCCCUGCCCCUCCCCAGGGAUCCGGAGAGGUUCCGAGAACGCUUCCAAUUCUGAAGGCAAUGUUCUCCGGAGGGGGAACUACAGGCGAGCCAAGAGCGAAAUGAGCGAGGGCCAACAGGCCAGGAGCAGCUCCACGGGGGGUGAAGAAGAGAGCCUGGCCGUCUUGCGAAGGCAUGUGAUGAAUGAGCUCCUGGAAACAGAGCGGGCGUAUGUGGAAGAGCUCCUGUGCGUCCUUGAGGGCUAUGCUGCAGAGAUGGAGAACCCCUUAAUGAUGCAUCUUAUUUCAGCCAGCCUUCAGAAGAAGAAAGAUGUCUUGUUUGGAAAUAUGGAGGAGAUCUAUCACUUUCAUAACAGAAUAUUCCUGAGAGAACUAGAAAAUUAUAUCGACUGCCCAGAACUGGUUGGAAGGUGUUUUCUAGAAAGGAUGGAAGAUUUUCAGAUUUAUGAGAAGUACUGUCAGAACAAGCCCCGGUCCGAGAGCCUCUGGCGGCAGUGCUCCGACUGCCCCUUUUUCCAGGAGUGCCAGAAGAAAUUGGACCACAAGCUGAGCUUGGAUUCUUACCUGCUGAAACCUGUUCAGAGAAUCACCAAGUAUCAAUUAUUACUCAAGGAAAUGCUGAAGUACAGCAAGAACUGUGAGGGGGCCGAGGACCUGCAGGAGGCGCUGAGUUCCAUCCUGGGGAUCCUCAAGGCUGUCAAUGACUCCAUGCACCUGAUCGCCAUCACCGGCUAUGAUGGGAACCUCAGCGACCUGGGGAAGCUGCUGAUGCAGGGCUCCUUCAGCGUCUGGACGGACCACAAGAAGGGCCACGCCAAGGUGAAGGACUUGGCCCGGUUUAAGCCGAUGCAGCGGCACCUGUUCCUGCACGAGAAGGCGGUUCUCUUCUGCAAGAAGAGGGAGGAAAACGGGGAGGGCUACGAGAAAGCCCCCUCAUACAGCUACAAGCAGUCCCUCAACAUGACUGCGGUUGGCAUAACAGAGAACAUCAAGGGGGACAGUAAGAAAUUUGAAAUCUGGUACAACGCAAGAGAAGAAGUGUACAUCAUCCAGGCACCAACUCCCGAGAUCAAAGCAGCCUGGGUGAAUGAAAUCCGCAAAGUGCUGACCAGCCAACUGCAGGCUUGUAGAGAAGCCAGUCAGCAUAGGGCACUGGAGCAGUCCCAGAGCUUACCUCUGCCCAUGUCGUCCAACACCAGCCCCUCCAAAGGAAAUCCGAAAGCUAUCAAGAAGUCAGAAGAAAGAAAAACGGACCCUCUAAGCCUGGAAGGAUAUGUGAGCUCAACGCCAUUGCCAAAGCCCCCCGAAAAGGGCAAAGAUGACACAGUCACUAGUUCUACCUCAGAGAGCUCGGCGCUUUCCAAAAAGCGCUUUACCCUGCAGGGCUUUGCUAACCUCAAAGGUCAGAAAGCUUCUCCUACCAGUCCCGACAAAAAAGCUAAGCGGCACGAAGUAAAGAGCGACCCAACUCCUUUUGGUUUAAGAGGUUGGAGCAAAACGUCUCAUUCCCUGGAGGCCUCAGAAGACAACGAUGGCUGGUCCAGCGCAGAGGAGCCGAUUAAUUCAUCGGAUGCUGAGGAAGAAAGCGGAGCAGGCCCCAACAGACUGGUUCCUGGUAAAUACCCGGUGGUGGUGGAUCAGGAAGCAGCGGGCCCAGAGGCCACAUCCAUGAGGAGUGGGGACACGGUGGAGGUGGUCCAUGAGAACGACGAGGGACUAUGGUAUGUUAGGAACCUGACCACCAAUAAGGAGGGGUGGGUGUCGGCCACCAGCCUGUGGACACUCAUCGGCAAAUCCAAAUCAGCUCAGUGCUUGAGCAGCUCAGAGUCAGGCACCGGCUCCGCCUUGCUCAGCACCUCCUCCAGCUGUAGUGAGAGCUGCAAUGUCACCUUCUCAGACCUCAAGGGCUAGUGGUCACCACGGUUAGGUUUCCGUCUCCUGUAGGCAGGACUCUUGAGCAAACUCUUGUCAAAGCCGAAAAGCAGUAGAACCAGCAUGCGGAUCACUUAAAUUUUCUUUUACUUGGGCUUACUUAGUUUGAUGAGGGAAUGGUGCUUUUCCAAGAAAAUAGUGAAGAAAAAUAACAAAAACAAGAGGGUCCUGGAAGAUCUGAAUGAAGAACUGCCUGGCUGCCUGAGGAACAUGAAUAUUCCAGGAUGCAAGGAAACAUUCAGGAGGGGGGUUCCUGAAGGUUCUGCUGGACAGCCUCAAGGCCAGAGGACCACCCUGUGUGCCACCCAGCAGCCAGUGUUCACAGGAAGAUCGCACCCAAGGGACACCAAGGCUUCUCCAGACAAGGCUGCUUGCCAGCUCGUGAACCACAUGCAAAGAAGGCCGGGGACAGACUCCUGCUGGCGACAGACUCCCCAGACAUCCUUUUCUGGACACUCUCAGGCAGAUGCACCAGUGGUGUGUCUUUCUAAGCAGCUGCAGCCACUCAGCUGUGUUCUCUGAUCUCUCUGCUCUGGUGCUUUGUGCAGAAAUGUCCACAUACUUUGGAGGCAAUUUCCCGAGAGAAGUUGAGCGCUUCAAUGACCCAACAGCUUGAGGAGAGAGCUGGGCGGGGGUGGGAGGGACUCUUUCCUCCCUGACGAGUCUUUUUUUUUUUUUUUAAUCGGGGUGAAUCCCAUGGCCAUUUUUGGGUGGUACUUGGGUCUCUAAUCUUUACCAAGAAUCACUGUGUUUACAUACAAUGACGCUUUGAUACUGUAUUUGAUACAAAACUAUUUUUUUGUUACUGGGGUUUACAUUGGAACAUGCUGUUUAUACCACUGAAUGAUUUCGGGGGUGGGGGCCACUCUGUCAUGGAAAAUGACAUUUCUCCAGAGGCUCUUUAGAACCUGGUCGCAGGUAAAUGCAAAUCUGCCCCUUCACGAAACCAGGCAGUGUUUCAACACCAAACAAACAAACGAAAACCAAUUCAAAACUAAGGUGUUUCCUUUCCAUGCAUAGGUUUAAUUUUCACAGAAAACAUGAGGUAUAAUUUAAAAUGGGAACCUUCUUUUCUACAACAAAACAAAAUGGGGGGACUCAUUUUUUUAAGAGCUUCGCUGAAUUGGGAUAUUGUUAUUGUUUUUAAAGGAAAUAUAACGAUGCAAUCUGCAGGGCAUCACCUGAACCAUGGUGUCAAAUAGUGCUCAGUCAGUCUCUUUGAUUCCUUCAUAGUCCGCCUUCUCACACCUCAAUCCACUCCUCCCAGCCAGACCUACUCCUGCUCAGAGAAUUAAAUCUUCUUGCCCAUGUGCUGUAUUAUAAUCACUUUGAAUUCAUAACUAUAAAUGCGGGGAGUUUAUUUUAUUCAAAUCAAGGCAGAAGUGGAGAGCAAACUCUUCCAUUUUACUCUGUGUGUGUGUGUGUGUGUGUGUGUGGUUGUGUGUUUCAAAAACAAAUUCUGUUCUUUUGAAACACUUUAUGUAUUUGGUUGAGGCAGAUAUUUUUAUAUGUUUGUAUAUAUGUUUAUGUGUGUGUACAUAUAUAUCUUGAUGUAAAGGAUGUAUUUAUAGUCUUCUCGCUGCUGAAAUGUGUCACUUUAUUACAGUUUCCUCCAUAAAUUCUCAUGUCUCACUGCAGUCUGGAGCCAACCAAGGUGGUCCCAUCCUGUGAGGAUUCCAAAACACCUGGCAUAGGUUAAGAGCUACGGGGCUGCCCUCAGUCGGAAUUGACUUGGCGGCAGGGUCAGGCCAUGCUAGCCAAGACCUCUUGGAGUAUGGUUAUAAAAUAGAAAACUUGCCAAGGCUUGAUAGCCUUUCUUCUGAUGUAUAAGUUAUUUGGAAAACAUUGUGUAACAUAAUUCACUUAAUAUAUUGUUCAGACCCAUUUCCUCUCAUCUCAACAUGGUCCCCCCCCUUUUUUUGUGAUCUCUUCCUCAUCCUGGCACUUUAAAACGAACAUUUCAUUCACUGUUACUCCUCCCUUCCUUUUUUUUAAACUGCUGAUAUAAAUAAAAUUUCUCUAUUGUAUGUAUGGAUGAAAUUUGAAUAAAUAUAAGCAUCUCUGGUGCCCGCCCUCAUCUGUCAA